AUGAAAUGCCUGAUGUACUGCGCAGCCGAGGAGAAAAAAAAUACCCCCAAAAAAAAGAAGAUAUCUGGCGAUUUCAAGCUCACUGCCAGCGCCAACUUAUGGCACGCCAACGCGCAUGUUGGAAACAGUGGCGGACGGGAAGAUGAUCUCCAGGAUGCGGGUUGGCGCGCCUUGGCCCCCAUGUCGCGACCAGUCGCGCGCACAAUUCGCGUUGAGGAAGCCGACCCACCUACACAUCCCAGUUACGUAUCGGCGCUGGCGACACAUGACAUUCUUGGUCGCCACUGA